AUGGUUCAAGGAAAAGUUUUCUCUCUUAGUGUGCUCGUAUCUUUUGUUCUUCUCAAUGGCGGGAUACUUAAUAAGAGUUUUGCCGCUGAUCCCACGUAUGAUCCCAUUCCUAUUCUCAAUCCUACAUCUCAAUUUUUUGUGGAAACCUAUCCUGAUGAAACUUUAGAGUUCUCUGUACUUGGAGAUUGGGGAUUCCCCGGUAACAAUCAAACCAAAGUUGCUAAUGCUUUGCGUGUAACCGCGGAAAGGCUCAAAACCAAAUUUAUUGUAAAUGUUGGUGAUAGUUUCUACACUGGUGGGAUAUAUACUUAUGAUGGAGUGAGCAAUGCAUCUGAUCCAAAAUUUGAUACCAUUUGGAAAGCUACUUAUACCGGAAUAUUGGGAAAAAUUCCAUGGUAUAAUAAUGUAACCGCAGAAGUUGUUUACAGUCAUACCAAAGAUCCACGAUUCUUCCUGCCUGCAUUAUAUUAUACACGUAUAGCGUUUGUAGGCCCUAAAAGAGUGAAGGCAGCCUGGAUCCAUAUUGACACUGACCCAUUUUUCUAUACCGAUCUCGUUGCAUUGAAGAAGAAACAACCAUUAAUGUAUAACUCUCUUGUUCAACAAGGAUGGGAUAAGAGUGAAAACGUCGAUAGGUUAUUCGAUUGGAUCGAAGCUCAACUUUUUGUGCAUCAAGACGCAAAAUGGAUUUUCGUUGUUGGUCACCAUCCUUUAGUAGGAGACUGCAAGCAAACCGGAAAUAUGUCACGUCUUUCGAGUCUUUUUGAAAAAUAUGGCGUGACAGCUUAUUUCUGUGGUCAUGCUCAUGCAUUAGCAUAUCAACAACCUUCUGGUUCUGAGAAAGUUUCGUAUUUCAUGUCAGCGACUGGAAGUAAAGUAGAAGAUACAUGUGAAGGCCGCACUUGGGGAGAGCUUACACCAGGUUUCUUGCAUCUUUCUUUAUCAACAAAAGACGAUAAAGCAGUUUUUCAAUUUGUCGACGCGGUUGAUCCAAAUAAAGUUGGUGGCGCUGUUAUUUAUUCGGGAGUUGUUAAACCAUAUAAGCCAGAAAAACCUCCUAAACCAGAAAAACCCCCUAAAUUUUAA